AUGCUGAAGGGGGGGAAAACAGCUGACAAUAGUCUAUUUCGGCGCGGUAGUAAGCGACUAUCCAGCGAGGGCGUAGAUGACGCGCUGAACGCCAAACACCUUGACGAGAUAAAAAAAGCCGAGCACCUCAAGAAAAAGCUCAAGGCGCACCAUGACGAAGCGCGCGCCAUUCUGGCCAAGAAGCUUCAAGUGGAGAAUGCCAGGACGGGACGUGUGAUAAAGACAAACUUAGGCAAGUACGCAAACCCCAAGCUAGCCCAGGGAGCGAAGGCUGCGGUCCUUGCGAGCGUGGUCGAAUAUCUCAACGGAGAAGAGUUCGUCCGGAUAGUGACGGCGCCUCUGAACUACCAAAGCCCCGACUUUGUUCGCGCGACGGAAGCCGAGUUAGGAGCGAUUGGGAUAAGCCUCAGCCUCACAAAUGCGCGGCAGAGGUGCGUGAUUGCAUAA